AUGGAAAACAAACAAAUCACCAUUUCAGACUACAGAAACAAAGAAGGCAACAGCAACAGAAUUGUAUCAAGCAGAUACACGUUCUACAACUUCAUUCCAAAGAACAUCAUACAUCAACUAUCUAAAACCAGUACUCUCUUCUUUAGCAUCACACUGGUUCUAUUAUGCAUUCCAUCAAUUUCCCCAUUUGAGCCUUACUCAUAUGGCCUAGCAUUCAGUGUCGUAAUAGGAACAUCAAUGAUCAAGGAUGCCAUAGAAGACUACAAGAGACACCAAGAAGACAACGAGGCAAAUUCAAAGGAAGUUCAUAGGCUUAAAAUUCCAAACAGAUCAAGCUUAAAUCCCAUAGAAAAUAAUACAAGCAUAAAAGCAGAAGAAGACGUAGUUUGUGUAGAAAAAUGUGGAAAAGGAGACCUGUUGGUCGUGUAUGAGAAUGAAUUGGUACCAGCAGACGUAGUGAUAUUGAAGUGCUAUACUGAGAAACCAAUAGGACACUGCUACGUGGAAACAAGCAACCUGGAUGGAGAAACAAACAUCAAAAAAAAGUACAGUCUGGGACUAUACGAGGAAUGUGACAGUUGUAAAGCAAACAACAACUACUUGGAGGAUGAUUGUGUUACAAGAAUGGGAAAUGAAAUCAAAACAUUUGAAUUAGAGGACACAGGUGAGACAUUCACAGAAUAUUUCUGUAAAAUUGGAAUAAAAAGUGAAAAUGGGGAAUGGAACCACCGCUAUGCGAACAUAAAGAACACGAUUCUGCGUGGAUCAGUUCUAAAGAACACGAAGUUUGCUCUGUGUUUGGUUACAGCAGUGGGUUAUUCAACCAAAAUGAGCAAAAGCGUCAAAAAGACGGCCAAGGGGAAGUCGACCUUCGAGAAGCGCACCGAGACGAUCAUCUACAGCAUCUUCCUCAUCUACUUCUUCAUGUGGCUGACUACGAUAUUCUACGCAAUAUUCAAUCAGACCAUUUCGGCCUAUCUCAGUGAUCUGGACAUCGUCAAGUCGUUCUUCACGAACUACAUCCUGUACACGUAUCUGAUUCCCCUGAGUCUCUUUGUGACCAUUGAAAUAGCCAGAAUAUUCCACGUCUAUUUCAUACAGUACGACAAAAAGAUGGCUGUGAUUCAGGAUUCCAACGGAUUCAGAAGCCCCACAGAAGCAUCUGAUCACCAAAACGAAGACGAAAACAGUCGAAUUCAAACAGCUCGUUGUAGAAAUUCCAGCGUAAUAGAAGAUCUCGGAUUAAUUGAUUACAUUUUGACUGAUAAGACUGGGACACUAACAAAUAAUACAAUGCACCUGAAAAAGUAUUACAUCAACAAUGAACUCAUAGACGUCGAUGAGCACCUGAAAUCAACCAAUUUGGAUACGCUGUUCAUUCUGGGAAUGUUGUUGUGUACGCAAGUUGACAUUCUUGGUGAUUCCUACGAAGGAAUUUCACAGGAAGAAAUCAGCAUUUUAAACGCCCUGAAACGACAUGGAAUAAUUUUGAAGGAGAAGAUUGAGAACAAAAUGACAAUCAAAGUAAAAGAGGAAGAAUGCACCAUAGAAAUAGCAGAGAUGCUCGAAUUCAGCAGUGCCAGACAAAGACAGAGCAUUAUUGUAAAUAUAGGCAAAGACGACCUGAUCAAAAUUGAUCAGAAUUUAAACGGUGGUCUAAAGUUACCAGAAUCAACUGGUGAUAAAAUUGCACUACUUUUUUCAAAAGGAAGUGAACAGAAACUGCUUCGAAAUCACGCGAACAUUUACACGGGGCAGGACAGAGAUUUAGUAAAGAAACACAUUGGUGAAAAUGUGGUACAAAAGGAAGACAAGGACGAAACGAUGAUAUCACUGCAUCUACGGAACAAGGAUCACUACAAAAGACACAUUGAACAGUUGAACAGAAACACAGAAUACAGGGCAUUGGUGUAUGGAUUCAAAUUAUUGGGAAAGUUUGAUGAGAAGAGACAGGCUGAGGAUGCAAAGGAGAAGAUGUUUAGUGCAAUGGAGUUUGGACUUGAUAUGAUUGGUGCCACUCUGAUUGAGGAUACGCUACAAGAAGGAGUAGAAGAUGCGAUUGGUGAUUUGAAGGAGAAUGGAAUCAAAAUAUGGAUGAUAACAGGAGACAAGAAGGAAACAGCGGUAACCUGUGCCCUAAAGAGCAGAAUUGUGGAAGAUGAAUCGUAUUUACCAAUAGUAGGGCGGGAACUAGUUCAAUUGCUAAAAGAGGAAAUCAGGUUGAUGAAUUCAGCCCGAAAUGACUCAACACACUACAACCUGUUUAAGUUUGGUGCUGUGAUUGUCUACAGAGCCACUCCAUCUCAAAAGGGGCAGAUUGUCUCGUGCCUGAAGCAGCUCAAUCACAGUUGUCUUGCAAUUGGAGACGGAAACAACGACGUGGCAAUGCUACGAGACGCAAAUGUCGGUGUUGGAAUUGUUGGAAAAGAAGGAAACCAGGCGGCAUUGAACUCUGAUUUCGCAAUCUACAGAUUCAAGGACUUGCGGAGAUUGGUGAUUUACUACGGUGAUACAAUAUUGAUCAGAUUUGCAAAGCUAACACUCAACUCGUUCUACAAGAACCUGUACUUCAUUCUGCUGCAAUAUUUCUACAACUUCUACAAUGUUGGCACUGGAUUCCCAAUUUACAAUGACAUCUUCCUGAACUACUUCAACACAUUCUACACGAGUUUGAUUCCAAUCAGCGUGGUGCUCUUUGAUAAGCGAAACAUCGAUUACACGACGUACAAAAUGGCACGAUGCUAC